ACAGAACACAGAGAAAAAGAGUAACACUCAGAAACAGCUUCAUAAGACAGAAUUUCAAGCUUCACUUCUAAAACGCUUUCUUCUUUCUCUUAUUUUUUUCAACCAUCUCUCUCUCUCUCUCUAGAAACUAUCUCUCUCUCUCUCUCUCUCUAACUUUUUUGAGCGAGAAACACAUUUUCUGCAAUGUCGACGGCUCCGGCACCAUCUUCGCCGCCGUCGGGAAACGCCACGGCACCUCCUCCGUCGACCCCAGCCGCACCUCCUCCGGCUACACCUUCUGCACCACCACCUUCCAACCCACCUCCGGCAACUCCUUCAUCACCUCCUCCGGCGACACCAUCAGCACCUCCGCCGGCGACUCCUUCAUCACCACCUCCUCCGAAGACUCCCUCAGCACCUCCUCCAGCAACUCCUUCAACUCCACAACCCACACCUGCAGCACCGUCGACUUCCCCGCCGGCGCCAACCACGCCGUCACCUCCUGAAGGUGGAAACACUCCUCCGAGUCCACCUUCACGAGGCUCCCCGCCUCCUCCGAGAGGCUCUGAUCAAAGCCCUACACCGCCUUCCACCAAAACUCCGCCGUCGCCACCUUCAUCGUCGUCAAGUUUGAGUACGGGUGUAGUCGUCGGAAUCGCCGUGGGCGCGGUGGCGAUUCUUGUGGUGUUUAGUAUUCUUUGCAUUUGCUGUAGGAAGAAAAAGAGAAGACGCGAUGAAGAAUACUAUGGUCAGCAGCAUCAGCAACCACCACCUCAGGCACCCAAAUUUGAACCUUAUGGUGGUCCUCCAAAUCAGUGGCAACAUAAUGCUCACCCUCCUUCAGAUCAUGUAGCCUCAAUGAAGCCACCACCACCUCCUGCUCCGAUUCCAUCGCGACCGCCGUCUCAUGUUGCUCCGCCGCCUCCUCCUCCUCUAAUGAGCAGCAGUGGUGGUACCGGCUCAAAUUAUUCAGGCGGUGAACUACUUCCACCUCCGUCUCCAGGCCUUGCAUUUAGCACUGCAAAGAGCACGUUUACGUAUGAGGAGUUGGCACGUGCAACGGAUGGCUUCUCUGAUGCUAACCUCCUUGGACAAGGUGGAUUUGGAUAUGUUCAUAGAGGUAUUCUCCCUAAUGGUAAAGAGGUUGCUGUUAAGCAGCUAAAAGCUGGAAGUGGACAAGGAGAACGCGAAUUUCAAGCUGAAGUUGAGAUUAUUAGCCGUGUUCAUCAUAAACAUCUUGUUUCUCUUGUUGGAUACUGCAGCACCGGGUUUCAGAGGCUACUUGUUUAUGAGUUUGUUCCCAACAAUACAUUGGAAUUCCAUUUACAUGGAAAUGGACGACCAACAAUGGAUUGGGCAACAAGACUGCGAAUUGCUUUAGGAUCUGCAAAAGGACUUGCUUAUCUUCAUGAAGAUUGUCAUCCUAAGAUCAUUCAUCGUGAUAUUAAAGCUGCUAAUAUCCUUCUCGAUUUUAAGUUUGAAGCAAAGGUUGCAGAUUUUGGUCUUGCAAAGAUUGCUUCUGAUCUCAACACUCAUGUUUCUACUCGAGUGAUGGGAACUUUUGGGUAUCUGGCUCCAGAAUAUGCAGCGAGUGGAAAACUUACUGACAAAUCAGAUGUUUUCUCUUAUGGAGUCAUGCUCCUUGAGCUAUUAACUGGACGUCGACCGGUUGAUAAAAAUCAGACUUACAUGGAUGAUAGUUUGGUAGAAUGGGCUAGGCCUUUGCUUAUGCGUGCUUUAGAAGAAAAUAAUUUAGAUUCUCUGAUUGAUCCAAGGCUUCAGAAUGAAUUUGACCCUAGUGAGAUGACUCGUAUGGUAGCAUGCGCUGCAGCUUGCACACGCCACUCAGCAAAGCGUCGACCAAGGAUGAGCCAGGUUGUGCGCGCCUUAGAAGGAGACGUGUCACUAGCAGAUCUUAACGAAGGAGUACGACCUGGACACAGCAGUGUCUACAGUUCUCAUGAAAGCUCAGAUUAUGAUACUCAACAAUACAAAGAAGACAUGAUAAAGUUCAGAAAAAUGGCAUUAGGAACUCAGGAGUAUGCCGCAAGCAGCGAGUACAGUGCAGCUACAAGUGAAUAUGGCUUAAACCCGUCUGGCUCAAGCAGCGAAAACCAAAGCCGCCAGACAACAAGAGAAAUGGAAUUAAGAAAGAUGAAGAACAGUCAAGGAUUCAGUGGAAGUUCAUGAGCCUUGACACAAUUGUUUGCUACUAUUUUUUAUCUUGUAUAAAAAAAAAUCUCUGUCCUCGAUUUUCGACUUGGAUUGUGUAUACACACUCAGCCACAUCUGGAUUGCUCAUUUUUUAUUGGACGAUUCAGAUUCAAAAAAAAAUAUUAAGCUUGAAUUUGGAUAGUCUGGUCUUCGAACGGUCCAAAUGUAGCUGACUGCACACGACACGACCCAGAUCCCUUGAUUUUCAUCUAUGGCACAGUUGAAUUUUUCUUGACUGACAUGUUUGGAUUGACUUACCAAUUAUUGUUACUAUUUUUUCACAAAAAUGUUUCACAUAUUUUCAUUGUAUUUAUCAAGGUAUACAACAAAUAACCGUUGAUUCUUUCA